AUGCUGAAGAUCGGCAUCUUCCCCGCCUCUGGCGGUCUUGGACUUAGCAUUAUCAAUCACCUUCUCAACCUCGUCCCCGCCUCGCAGCUGGUUUUCAUCGCUCGUCAAUCAGAGAAGCUUGCUAAAUUCUCGCGUAUUGGUGUAACGAUCCGAAAGGCGGAUUAUGACCACCCAGAAACCCUUGAAAAUGCAUUUACCGGAGUUGACGUGUUGAUGCUCAUCUCAUACGCCUCUGUUGAAAUCGAGUACCGCUUCGAGGUACAUAAACAAGCAAUCAUAGCAGCCCACCGCAGCGGUGUCUCCCACAUCUUCUAUUCCUCGCUAGCAUUUGGCGGAAACUGCGAAAGGACCAGCGUCUGCCAUGUGAUGGGCGCUCACCUCGCAACUGAAGAAUAUCUGGCAACAGAACUACCUAAAUCUAUGACUUAUACUGCUAUUCGGGAGGGGCUCUACUCCGACUUGUUUUCGGUCUACCUCGCCAUGUUUGACCCUCUAAACCCGGUCGAGGAGAUUACAAUCCCACAUCCCGGGUCCGGUCCGGGAAUAGCGUGGGCCAAACGGGAUGAGUUAGGUGAAGCUACCGCGAAGUUGAUUGUGUUGUAUACGCAAAACCCGCGGACAUUCCGGUUCCUGAACCAGGAGCUGCUGUUAUCUGGACCUGAGGCCUUGUCUUUAGAGGAGACUGUUCAGGUACUGGGGAGGGCUAUCGGGAGGCAUAUCGAAAUUCGGGAGAUUUCGGCGGAUGAGUAUGCUUCUUUGCCGCAGGUUAGAAAAGCAUUUACCUACCAUGGGGUCAAUUUGGCCAAGGAGUAUACUACAUGUUGGGAGGCAUUUAGGCGAGGUGAGACCUCUGUGGUGUCGCCCCUGUUGGAGGAGAUUUUAGGGAGGGAACCGGAGCGAUUUGAAACGACUGUAAGGGGUAUGUUAGAGGGUUAGGCUGGUAUGGCCAUAUUGGCACAAUGCUACUGGGUAAGACGAUCAGAAUAUGCAGACGAUAGGAAACAUGGGGAUGGACGAAGGCAAAGCUGACGAGCAACCUAGUGUACCUUCACUACGGGUACUACAGGAUCCUAAAUGCAAAAUAUACUGGCAGUUGCCCUCUAAUCUCCGAAAUAGGUGUACAAAAG